GUAGGCUUUCAUCAAACUGAUGUGAGAUGUUGUUCUCUUUGAUCAUUUUCAUUUAUGAUUCAUAUUAUUAUGCACUGUAUAACAACACAGUUUCGUAUUUCGCUGUCGACACCCUCACGGAACGAGGUUAGCAUCUGCAUAGAUUGGAAUAUUAAUAUAAAACCAAGCAACGAAUCCGCCUUCCAUUUAAACCGCAUUUCUGAUCCUGAAGAUGUCGUGGCUUACCGCUUUCGUGCUGGUGACUUAUCUGUUGCUGUGUAUUCAUGGACUGGAUACUGCUCCAAAGAUCUGCUCCAAAAAUGCCCAGUGCCUGCCUCAUGGCAUGUGUUGCGAGACAGGCGGUCCAUUGCCGAUAGGGAAACGUUCCCUUUAUGAGGCAAAAUGUGUACCAUUUAAAGAAGAAGGCGAAGGUUGUAUUAGAGACAACACUGAGGCAGAACCUACCGAGAUAGAGCUACUGUGCCCAUGUGCAGAUGGAUUAGAGUGUGUACCUAACAUGGAAAUUCCCCCUAUCUACGGCAAUUGUUAUCCGAUAAAAUAAGAAGACUAAGGCAGAGCAGACAAAAUCCCAUGAUACAGCAAGGAAGACCUUGUUAUAAUCACACAUUUAUUUUAUUUCUUUGGACAGCAGAUUUCGAUUUUAUGUCAAUGUUGUGCAGCGAAAAACAUAGUAAAAUAAAUGAUGAUUCGGAA